AUGGCUGGUGGAAGUGCCUCGAACCAGGAGUCUGAGCUAUCAGUCGAAUACCAUGUACACGUUGGACUGUCCCUUCUCAUUCCUACCAUCACCCCGGGUGAGCAAAUUGUCCGUUGCUACGAUGGCUUUGCCGUUUUUGCGCUUUGUGGAAAGAAUGGGGCCGUGGGCUAUUUCAUCACCAAGAAACUGGACCGAAGGUUUCAAUACCCCGAAGGACCUGACCAUAUCCAAAGAAAUGCCUCAGAGUUCUGCGAGAGUCUGGUAGAUGUGCCGAUAAGAGUUAUCACUCUCAUGAUGUAA